UUUACGAGUAUUUUUCAUCUUCCAGUUUUUCGUUGGAUAUUUUUCUUGUUGUUUCAUGAGUUCCACACUCUAUUGUUACGAUGUUAUCCACCAAAUUCCAUCCUGCAUAAGAAUUAUUCUCUGACGUGCCUAUCCGAGUAGCGUGACCAUGGAAGAAUUCAACUCGUACUACGACUAUUCGCGUCGCAACACGUAUCCCAGCGCAACGCACAGCGUCGCAACGGUUCCCGCCAAUAAUGAUAGCUGGUGGGGUUCGCUAGCUAAAUUCACCGUCAAGAAGCUGAAGGAAUUCGGCGGAUCCGUGGUUGACAGCGUGACGGGUGUCGUCCGCGAACCCAACGAUCAGCACACUCAACACCGAACUUUCCUGGGAACCCAGACCAGGUACCAGAUUAGCAACGCUGGCAGCAAUUCCGAUCUGCAGUUGGCUUCCCGGGGGGAUUCCGGUGGUAAUCCGUCCGCAUUACUCGAGGAAAUCGAUCGCACCAUCGAUCUGCUGCAGAAUAAGAAGCGCAAACUGGAAACCACACUUUCUUCCGAUAACGGUGCUUUAGCUUCCAAGCGCUUGACGACUUCAUCCGCCUUCCCGUCGCGCCCGGGCCCGUGUCUGCCCAGUGUGACGGCGUCGUCCUCAUUUCUGGGCGCGCAUUCCGCGUCGUCUUCCUUUGCGGGCCGUGGUUCGCUGGUGCUGCCUUCCCCGCGUCCCAAUCCCUUCCAGUAUCCGUGGCGUGACGCCACCCAGCGCAGCGCCAUCGCCGCCGCCAAGGAGCGCCUGCUGCACACCGCGCGCUGCUCUCCGUACUCCACCGCGUCGCCGCGGGUGAAGAAGACGCCGAAUCGCCCGCCGCCCGCCAAACUGAUCCCGCUGCCACCGUUGUCGCCCGCCUUCUUUUUCGCCAAGGCUCAGCCGAUCGCUCCUGACAACGGAAACUCGUCUGUGGUGGACAAUACGAGUUAUACGACCAAGGAAGAAAUUCAACCCGAAAUUCCCAAAGAAACGGCUCAACAACCACAGGAAUUUGUGGCCAAACCCAUUGAGAAGCCCGAAAUGAUCUCGAAUGCCGUGGAUCUGUCGACGCGCAACGACAAGCAGCCACCGCUGGAUAAACCAGCUACCGUGAAUAACAGUCCAUUGAAUGCGGCUCGUCAACCACCUCGGGAUAACCCCCACGCCACAGCAACGCCACCGAAAACGGAAACCGCUCCCGUUGCACGAGAAAGUCCUCAAAAACCGAAACCUUCCGAAGAAAUCAAAAAUCCUUUUAAGACCAAUGUCAACGCUUUCAAUCCCGAGGGAAUCGAUCCCUCGCAGUUUCUGUGGGCGGGAACCACGGAAAAACCGCCACAGACGUUGGAGAAAUCGCCGAAACUCCCAGAAAUUAUAGAAAAAUCCCCGAAGACAUCACAGAGUGUAAAACAACCGGAAACUGCUGCCAAAUCAGCAAGUACUCCGCAAUCCGUGGAGAAACUGCCGGAAAUUCGAGAAAAAUCGCCGAAAAUUGCGAAAGCGCCGGAAGUCGUGAAAUCCAACGCCAAACCGGUUGUUGAGACGGAGACCAUCGAGCUGGACGACAGCGUCAUCAUCGACGAGAGCGGGCCGACCGUCACACUCCCUUCUUUCGGGGAUAAUCGUCGCGGGCCGUCCGCGGCGCAUUCCGGUUUCGGCCCGGCGUAUCGAUCCGCCUGGGAGGUGCUGCACAAUCCCGGUCCCGGGGUAGUGGAGAUGCCGCCGCAGGAAUGGGUGUCCGAUGAUCUGGACGCGGAGGGCGAUGAGUGGGUGGAUGAGGGCGAUGCGUUCGGCGUGGAGAAGGAUGAUGAUGAGGAUGAUGAUGAGAUUAUCUGCGAGGGGUUCCUGGCGAAGGACAGCGUGGAUGCGCCGCAGUUGGCGCGCGGACGCUUCCGGUUGGAGGUGGAGGAGAACGGGGACGGGGAGAGUGGGGAGGAUUACGGAGAGGAGGGAGAGGAUGAGGAGGAAGAAGGCGACGAGGACGAGAUGGAGGAGGAGGAAGGCGACGAUGAGGAAGGCGAAGACGAGUACGAUGACAACGACGACGGAGAGGAGGACGUGAAUGAGGAAGAGGACGACGAGGAGGAGGUGGACUCGGCCGUGGAGGUGUCGGCGGAUGACGGCGACAGCCAGUUCUCCAGCGGCGACGACCCGGACGACGAGGCCUGACCGCCGCUCGCAUGACGCUACAGUGCCCCAAAGACUGCGCAGUCAUUACGCUGUUGCUUUGUUUUUUGUAUAUUUUUGGUUCCAUGAUCUUCAGUGGCAAGCGUGGGUUUACUAGACCGGCGAUUCGGUAUAGCAAAUGAAAUUUUUGUUGACUAAUAAUUCGUAACGAUGGAUGGAACGGUUUCCUCUGUUCCGCCGCUCAAUUGGAGUGUUUUGCAGUUUCUCGCUGGUUGAACGAGUAUUUUGGUUGAAAAAGAUAAGAGACUUAACCGUAAUGUGGAAAGGUUAUUGUUUUGUAACGCUCAAACUGGGAUCGAGAUGCAAAAUCACAAAUUUGUGUUAAU